AAUGUCACUUCACAUAUCAUGACCUCGGCAUGAACUCCCACAACUCCAUUUGAUCUCAUAAAUUCGAAAAGCAGUCACAAGAGCAAAAGUCGUUCACUGCCAGUUUUUUCCCUAUUCAAUUGCUCUAAAUUACAAGGGCCCAUUGACCAUGGCUCGCCAGAACCUCUCCGUCGUGCUGGCCGAGCGCCCCGUCGACGACAUCAUCCCCGGCCGCACCUUCAAGCACGUCACGGCGCCGGCGCCUACGGCCGAGGACCUAAAGGACGGACAAGUCCUUGUCGAGGUGCUGUACCUGUCGCUGGACCCGGCCAUGCGCGGCUGGCUGAGCGACGCCCGCUCGUACGUCCCGCCCGUCAAGAUUGGCGAAAAGAUGCGCGGCCUCGCCGCCUGCCGCGUCCUCGCCUCGCGCACCCCCAAGGCCCGCCUGGGGGACUACGUGUCCGCCUCCACGGCCGGCUGGACCGAGUACGCGAUCCUGCGCGAGCCCGACUUUGAGCCCGCGUCGCACUUCCCCGGUCUCUCCUCGCCCGUCGACAUGCUCUCGUCGCUGGGCGUGACGAGCCUGACCGCGUGGGUCGGCAUGGCCAACAUCGCGGCGCCCCGGCCGGGCGAGCUGGUCGUGGUGUCGGGCGCGGCGGGCGCCACGGGAAGCGUCGCGGGGCAGAUCGCCAAGAUUGCGGGCGCGCGCGUCGUCGGCGUGUGCGGCGAGGACAGCAAGUGUCGCUGGCUCGAGGAGGAGCUGGGGUUCGACGUGGCGCUCAACUACAAGGCUGAGGACUUUGAGAGGCGGUUCCGCGAGGAGACCAAGUCGUAUAUUGACGUCUACUUUGAUAAUGUCGGCGGCAAGAUCCUCGACAUGGCCCUCGGCCGGGCCAAAGAGCACGCCCGCUUCGUCGAGUGCGGCCUCAUCAGCCAGUACAACACCUCCACCCCGCAGGGGCCGCGCAACUUCUCCAAGAUCAUCACCAUGCGCAUCCGCAUGCAGGGCUUCAUCGUCUUCGACCACGCCGCCGACUACCCGCGCGCCCGCCGCGAGCUCGCCGCCUGGCUCGCCGACGGCCGCCUCAAAAAGGCCGAGCACGUCGUCCCUGGCGGGCUCGAGGUCGCGGAGCGCGCCCUGGUGGACCUGUAUAGGGGCGUCAACAUGGGCAAGAUGAUUGUCGAGGUGAAGAAGCCGGAGCAGGCGAGGAUUUAGUAGGCAUUGAAUCAUUGACGGGGUUGGAAACUUGUUCACAGUGGAGGCAUUGUGUGUGUAUAUUGAUGCCACGACAUGUUCACGCGAGAGGACAUUUGUAUGUCACGAGGCAGUGAGGGAUUCCCCUGCUAUCGUCCAUCAGGCACAAGAUGAAGCGAUUUCGAAAUUCAACCGCC